AUGAAUGAAUCUAUGAUUAAACUUAUUCAAUAUUCACAAAAAAUAUUAAUAAUAAUAAUUUGUUCAAGUAUAGUAAUAUUAUUUAUUUAUUUAAAUCAUGUACAACCUUACUAUUUUAUCGAUGAAGUUUUUCACGUAUCUCAGACUUUGCAAUAUUGUAAUAAUAAUUUUACACAGUGGAAUCCUAAAAUUACUACUUUGCCUGGUUUAUAUUUAAUUGCAACUCUGAUUUUAUCACCUUUGAAACUCUGUAAUAUUUUUUAUAUGAGAUGCAUAAACUUGUUUGGAACAUUUUUAAAUCUCUAUCUUGCUCAAAAUAUAAUUAAAAAAAUUUCAAUAAUUUAUUGGAAACAAAGAUGGAAUGAUUGGAUGAAAGUUAUUGUGGCUUGUAAUAUUAUGUUCUUUCCACCCUUAUUUUUUUGGCAUUUUUUAUAUUAUACAGAUGUUGUAUCAGUUAAUGCAAUAUUACUGAUGUUAUUGUUACAUUUAUAUAAACAAUUUAAAACUGCAGCUUUUAUAGGACUUUUGUCUAUAUUAAUUCGACAAACAAAUAUUAUUUGGGUUGCAUUUAUUACUGUGGAACAUUUAUUUGAUUUAUUAGAUCAUAAAAUAAGUAAAUUAAUUUCAUAUGAACAGUAUAAUUCAGUAAUUUAUUUAAAACUAUUAUGGAAAAGAAUAAUAGAAGAAAAAUAUCAUGAAUGGAAGUUAUUUGCAAAAUUUAUCCUACAAUUGUGUGUACAAUUGUUUCCAUACAUUAUAGUAUGUUUAUUAUUUGUUUCUUUUGUUCUAUGGAACAAAGGAAUUGUAGUUGGUGAUAGAACAGCUCAUGUUCCUACUUUUCAUAUUCCUCAAUUGUUAUAUUUUUCUAUUUUUCUGUUUUGUUUUUUAUGGCCAUACAUGAUUAUUUCCUGGAAAAAUUAUUUUAAGUUUAUUAGUAAACAUUGGAUAUUUGCAAGUUGUAGUAUUAUUUUUUUAAUUAUAAUUGUUCAUUUUAAUACUUUUGUUCAUCCAUAUAUGUUAGCUGAUAAUAGACAUUAUGUAUUUUACUUUUGGAAUAAGUUUAUGGGAAGAUACAAACAGUUUAAAUAUUUUUUGGUACCAUUAUAUUCGUUCACAUUGUAUACAAUGUUUCAUGGGCUUAAACAUUUAAGAUUUACAACACAAAUUAAUUAUAUUCUUAUGGUUUCUAUAGUACUCAUUCCACAAUUAUUAAUAGAACCAAGAUAUUUUAUCAUUCCAUAUAUACUUUACCGUUGUUUUAUUCCAAAACCAAAAACAUGGCAAAUUAUUGCAGAAUCAAUAACUACAUUAAUAAUAAAUUUUUUGCAAUUUUAUAUUUUUAUCAAUAAAGUUUUUUAUUGGAAUGAUCAGCCUUAUCCUCAAAGAAUUUCUUGGUAAAUUAAGGAAUGAUAAAUAUAUACAAUUGUAAAUAUAUUA